AGUUUAUCUCUCCUGCUGCACCGUCACGGACGUCACGGUUCACGGGGCACCAAAGACGGUUCAGUCGUUUCAGUAAAACGUUUCUAAACAUUUUCUUCAGGCUGUCGGUUUUUUUUUUUGCUCCGAGAAUGGCGACGCUAGCUUAACGACAAGCUAGCUGAGAAAAAAACAACAACAAAAAACACUACAACAACAACCUUGACUUCAAAGUUAUCGGCCCGUUAACCGGCUGGAAACGGACCAACCAUCGCUUGUCGGUCGCGUCUCGACCUGUUUGUCUCCUUCGCGUUAUCGGAGUCAGGUUGUGGCCAGAUUCCUCAAGUGGAGUCUUUCUUUUCCCAGUUGCAGAAUAAAAGUCCAGAGGAGAGUUCUGCUGGUAGCCCCGUGUCCAACCCCUUUCCCUUUCCAGACAUCCGGCCAGUAUGUCCAGUGAUCCUCCUCCUCCGUACCCUGGUCCCAGUGCCCCACUCAUUGAGGAGAAGAAUGGACAACCUGUUACAGGUCCUGUAAGAAAUGUUCCUAUACAAGGACAGCCCUUGCCUCCAGACUACGGUCCUCCACCCUAUGAGGCCACACACCCAGGCUUCCUUCCACCACAUGUCCCUGGAGAGGGGCCCAUGCCCAUGCCCAUGCCUCCACUACAAGGUGGCCACUACCCGCCUCCGCCCGGUCACUUUCCUCACCCGAUGACAGGAGAGAUGGGCCCUGGUAUGGGCCCUGGUCCCAGUCAGUUUGUCCACAUGGGAGGUCACACAGCGACCGUCCUGGCUCCUCCUGGAGCCGCCACCACUGUGACCGUACUGCAGGGGGAAAUGUUCCAGACCUCACCGGUGCAGACUGUUUGUCCGCACUGUCAGCAGGCGAUCGUCACCCGCAUCUCCCACGAUGUUGGCCUCAUGAACUCACUCUUCUGCCUCUUCUGCUUCUUUGUAGGGUGUGAUCUUGGCUGCUGCUUGAUUCCCUGUCUGAUUGAUGACCUCAAGGAUGUGACACACACCUGCCCUUACUGUAAGGGCUACAUUUACACAUACAAGCGUAUAUGCUAACCACCGACAGCUGUAUGCUAGAGACAUGUACAUGCCCACAUGUAAACUCACAGCUCCCCCUGCUGGUGGUGACAAGCUCCCCCUCCCCUUUUUGCAAAGUGUUGUGAAGCCCUCUUAAAUAGCGCCGUUUUCUCAUUAGUUCAGAAUAUUUACUGUAUAUAUAUUUCAUCAUUAUUUCAUGUAUUAACAUGCAUUUGAAAUGUACAAAUCUCACCGAACUACAGAAGAUGUAGGGCACUAAAGCAUACACACAAAUGGAUAGGCAGCAGGUGCAUCUAAACCCGGAAAGAAAGGCUUGUGAUGUUGCGCAUGUUAACGGGGUAAAAAAUAUCUGGAUCGACAGGCGGCCUCGUUUAGCAAAAGCUGUGAAAAUGGUCCCUAUUUAUUUGAAUCUGUGAAUCUUGCUGAAAAGCAAGUGUAUUGAGGACAAACAUGCUGGGUUAGCCUGCUCGUUUGUUUUUGUAUUUAUUUCAAAUAUUUUAUCUGCUAUUUUAACAAGUUAAUAUUGAGAACUGUGAACAUAUUUUUGUCCAUGUCUGCUCAUUUUGUUCGAACAGACAGUUUUCCUUUAUCAUUAUCCCUUUUUGAAUGUGAGCAAACUAACGAACCAUUUUCAGCUAGAUAGUGAUGUAUUUGCUGGUUUGGGAAUGCCCAAAAUUGAUGUUACUUGCUAUAUUUCUUCUUCUGGGCUUCAUUCAGUAGUCACUGUUCAGUGAUUUACGGUUACUGCCCUCUGUCCAUGAUGUACUUAAUUUUGAUAAUAAAGCCAAGAUUUGCACUUUAAGUUGGAAUUUAAUUUCCCCCGCUGAUACAUAUAUAUUAACUGUCAACCCCAGCGAUUUUAGUCUGAGAGAUUUGGGCAUUCUCGUUACAUGAGUAACAGCACUGUAUCAUUUUAGUAGUUGACAGUUUUACUAAUGCUGAUAGACGCACUGACAAUUUAGCAAUCAUGUCCUCUCUAUUAAAAAAAGUAAGUUGGCAAACACAUUACAGUGGUGGCCCCAUCGUCAUCACAUUGUUUAGCCUGUAACACUUUAAUAUGGCAUAAGCCCGUUAAGAUUACCCGCAUUCCUAAGAUGCAUGUUAGAUAAUACCGAUGUCUUUUGACCAAUACUGAAUAGUGACCCCCUCUGCUAGGAAUAAGCUUAAAAAUAAAUGAUUGUAUCACAUUGUGACGCCAUUAAGAUUACUACUAACAAUGAAACGACCAUUGUAUGCCCACCACAGCAUGCUCGAUCUGCAGUUCACCUUCACCCAAAGUGCAGUUUGUCUGCAUGAGCCACACAUCAAAAUAAAUAAUUCUCACGGGCUAGUUUCUUGACUCUAUGCAUUUGAUUAAUUUUCUUCUUGAGGCUAGCAAAACUGUGCAAGAAAGUACUUUUUGAGUUGAAGGAUUGCAUCGAACUUUUAAUACAAAGUACUGUAUGCCAUUGUUGUGGAUAAUGCUGGUCUGCAUUGCUCUCUAAAUGUCUGUGAUAUGUAUAACUAUGAGUCAACAUUUGUUUGACCGUUGUAUACAGGUAUUAUUUUAUCAAUAAAAAUCAGAACAUGA